ACUUGCCCACCUACCAAGACAGGGUCACUCCAACUGAAUUGCUUGAUGUUAAAAGGUCGUUCCCAUGAUUCUUUGAAAGGCCCUGGGAUCCUUUUCCAUGCAUUAUCAGGGAUAAAUGAAGGUGCUGAUAAUGCAUGGACUGUGCCAUCCAAAUAUUGUUCGUUUUAUUGGGGCUGUUGAUCGUCCUCCAAAUCUCUCUAUUGUGACUGAGUUUAUUCAAGGACGAAACUUGGAUGCCAUUCUUCAUGAUCCUAGUUGUCAAAUAGAUAAGGAACAUAAAAUAAGAAUGGCUCUUGAUGUGGCAAGGGGUAUGAAUUACCUACACACCCACGAGCCCAUGAUUGUUCACCGGGAUUUAAAGUCACCAAACCUUUUGGUUGAUAAUAAGUGGAAUGUCAAGGUACGUGCUAUCUCUUUCUUUUGGUUGAAUAUCAUUCCACCGAACAUCAUCAACUGCAUGGUACACUUGUAGAAACUGAUUAUAUCAAAUGGAAACCAGAUUUUGGGAUCGUCUUUUAUGUGUCCUUUGUUGGAUCCCCAUCACUUACUAUAGAUUUUGGCAUCCCAUGCAACCUGUAGAUAUGAUGCAAGAACAACUCUGCCACUUUAGAAGCUGUAUAUGGGUGAGCUAGAGCCAGAAAUUCAAAAGCAAAUUCCUAAAAAGCACUGAUGGGUGUUUGGCAAAGCUUGAAAAGCAUUUGCUUUAAAAGCAACUUCUUCUCUUACAAAUUCAAAUUUUUUAUGGAGGGAAAUUCAAAAAUUGGCUUUUCAAGAUGGUUUUAAGCAAGUUUGGAAAAAGCCUAGAUGUGUAGCUUUCUCAAAACUUCCUUAAAAGCCAUUUCAAAUGUCAAUUUUUGAAUUUUCCUCUAACAGAAUUUCAAAUUUGUAAGAGAAGAAUUUGCCUUUUAAGCAAGUGCUUUUUAACCUUU